CGUAGGCCAUUGGUCGUCGUCACAGCUCCCGUAGUCGAGUGAUAGAGCAUUUUCUUAGUUUGUUAGCUAACUGAAAAUGAAGCUUCUCUACUUCACUUUGCUUCUUGUUUCCUUGCUUUUGAGCUCUUCUUUCCUUGCGGAUGCAACGGUUGCCCCAGCCCCUGUCCCUGUCGCAGGGUCUUGCAAUGCAAUGUGCAGCGCAAGGUGCGCGAAAGCAGGAAUUCCCAAGCGAUGCUUCAAGUACUGCUGUGUAUGCUGCGAUAAGUGCAAAUGCGUUCCGUCGGGAACGUAUGGGAACAAAUCAGAGUGCCCCUGCUACAGAGAUAUGCUCAACUCUAAAGGCAAAUCCAAGUGCCCUUGAGAGAAACUCACCUCAGAAUUUGCCCCAAUGAUGUAUCAGAAUCUGUAAAACCAUUCAAAAAUGCAUUGGGUAGCUGAUACUGAAAUUCUUUGUAUGAGCAUGUAUUGGUGCUAUAAUAAUUGAAAUAAAUUUGACGCUUGAAGAGAAA